AUGCAAUUCACAUUUUUAAGCUGUAUAUUUCUAGCAAUUUUGACUGCCUACUAUUUGCCAAGCUUCAGAAUCCCCUGCAAAAUUCCCAUAGACUUGCUGAAAAUCACCGGAGGUUUUCCAACAUUAAUCGAGCAAUUUUAUGAGGAUUUAUCGAAUUUCACAGCUUUUCAGCCUGAAAAUGCUCAAAAUUUCGUGAAAUUUAUCAAAAACGAGGAGUUUUCCGGAAUUUUCACCAUACUUUGCAAUUCAAAAUCCUCCUAUAAAACCUAUAACAUCACGGAGUGUUAUUAUAAAUCUUCCCAAAACUUCUCUUCGUGUCAAGACCCAAUUUUAAUCGGUAACACUUGUCAAAACGUCGUGACUCAUGUUAAAGGAACAAUCGGCGAAUUAGACAAUGUCCCUUUAAAUUCACAAAUUUUCCUGGAAAUCGAGGAAAAACCGGAGUAUAAUGAGACAACUUGCAAUAACUAUACGAUUGGAGAUUUUGUGAAAACUUCGAAUUUUUUGCUGAAAUUCGAAAAUUCUUCAGAAAUUCUUGAAAUUUGUGAAGAAGAAGAAGAUUUUUUUGAUCUUGUGAUGAAUUUUUGCAAUAAUUGCGAAGAGGAAUGUGAUGUGCCUUUAAUGUGAGUUUAGAAAUUUGGGCAUAGGUUCGCCGUGCGCGGGCACCCAAAUCCCCGCAAUAUUCCCGCGCAUUUUCCCAUCCCCGAAAUAUGGAAAUGUCCACUUUUUCGGGAAUUUUUGAAAAUGCGAAGGAAUAUGGGGGAAUUGGGUGCCGGCAUUUUACAAAUUUGCAGUUUCUAACACCAAAAUCACGUGAUCAGCGGCUCAAAAUCUCCUAUAUUUCAGAAAUCUGACAUCAAUCUCCUGUUCCCAAGGAGAUUUGGACAUCUCAAUUUAUCACACAAAAGGCUACAUUUUCUCCGCAACAAUUUCGCAGCAAAUCUCAAAUCUUCACGAAAUCAGCAAAAAAACCUGGAAAAAAUCGAUAAAUUUCUAUGAAUCUACGCAGAAUGAGGAGAAAUCCAGGUAAUUUUGUAGUUUUCUAUUCGAUUUUCAUAAUGAAACCUAGGAAAUCCCUUUAAAACUCGAAGAAACCGCCCAAAAACAAGAAAAACGAGAAAUAAAAAAACGUGCGCGUCAAUUAAAAUGCCAAUGCACACAUUUCAAACUACCGUACCCCUAAUUAUUCAAAAAAAAGUUUCCCGCGCUACUUCUUUAUAAAAACCCUUCAAAUUUCAGAUACGAGCUAAAACACGGGCGGUUCCAUUGUCCAUCAGAGCGCACUUGCCUUCUCGAGCUUCUCUACCCUCUCCAACUCCUCAAAUCUCUCGACGUCUUUCCAACGCAAAUAACAUUGCUCAUAUUAGCCGCACUACUGUAUUUUGCGAUGAUUUUUAAAGGAACAUAA